AUGGAUUCCACCAAGCAGCCAGUCAAGCUCGUCAAGGUCACCCGGGUUCUCGGCCGCACCGGCUCCCGUGGUGGUGUGACCCAGGUCCGCGUCGAGUUCAUGGACGACCAGACCCGUAGCAUUAUCCGCAACGUCAAGGGCCCAGUUCGCGUCGACGACAUCUUGGUGCUCCUCGAGUCUGAGCGUGAGGCCCGCAGGCUGAGAUAA